AUGCAAAAAAGGAGAAGUGGCAGUCAUCCGCAACCAGAGCCGCCGUCGACAGUGAUUCGCGUUUGCAACCAUGGGAGUGCAACGCAUUCCUGCUGUCGGCGCUUGCGCGUUUCUCGAGAAGCUGGUACCGUCGUGCCCGCCAACCAAAUGGAUUCCUAUCGCCGCCUUGGAAAAUACGUUCUACUGCAGUUUCCAGAGGUUGAAUCCGGAGCCACCAUCGCCGGAAAGCAGAAGAACAUGAAAGGUAUUAUUGAAGAAGAUUCAAAAAAUAAUAAUCGAAUUCUUUUGUUGAGACGCAGCGACCAGCCGGGAGACGAACUUCGCAGCACCGCUGCCGCCUCAUCCCUCUUAUGCGCGUCACGUCGCGAGCUCUUGAGGCAG